CUAUAACCCACUACCUUGAGCACGGGUUUGACAGUACCGACAUGUAAUCAUCGACCACAGAUCUUCUUGGCUUGACCGUCCAUCUUCUCUGUUCCCUCAUAUCGCAGAAGCUUCGACUUUGUGGGAGACCUGGAGUGGCAUUCCUUUCUCACGGCUCAUUCUACGUUAUCCUCGACUGUCACCUACAUGCGCCACCUCAGAUCCGACGCAACGCCAUUGACAGAGCCCCUGGGGCCGUCAUGUCGAUAACAACUACACCUUAAGCUUCGACUCCACUCCGCAGCAAAUGACACCUCCUCCCUAUACAGCAGAGCCUGGACAUUGGUUCUUGCGCGGCGUCCAGUCGGCCAUCUUUUACUACAUCUCCUUCACCCCUUGUCUAGAAUAUCAGCACAAGCGCAAAAGACGGAGGGAGGCAGAAGCUCAAGCGCAAGCCCACAAUGAAAUAGUCACUACUCAACCAGGUCUCGUUCGACAGCCCGGCCCCUUUCAAACCAACGAGACAUGGGCAGAGGAGUUAAUGCUGGGUCCUGGACCACCAAAAGGUUGGAAAGCCGACCGACUGUUGCAAAAGUUGAAGAAGAGCGAGUCUAUAGAGCCACCGGAGGCGGUUGGUGGUUCAAAAUCACCAGAACUACCACAGCUUCAUGAUCAAGCGACGAGGUCUUCUGCGGGCCUGUCUCCAACAUUAUCACGCCCAUCCACUGCCUCCUCCUCGAGCGACACCGAGAGUCAUUCCUCCAAGCCUCGCGAUGCUACGUCCGGGGUUAGUCCUAAACGCCCUUCGAUGGACAGAAGACUGUCGACAGCUAUGGAGAAUAUCAAGGAUUCAUUGAAAUCCACCUUGCAUACUGAUACAUGGAACUGGAAACGCUACGAUCGCGAAGACGAGGUUCUAUGGGGCUUCAGUGAGAGAAUGACCCGCAUGUGGAAUCGGGCGACUGCAGGGGCUCUUCAUGAUGAAGGUGGAGAUGCUCAAGCCCGAGACGAGACUUUUCAACUACGAAGACGGGCUCCGACAAUGGAGAGUGAUCGAUAUGACUAUCGUCGCGGCAAAAACCCUGCUCUCAACGAUCUACAUCCGCCGCCUGUGUCACAGUUGCCCGCAACGAGAGACGAGGCUGCAUGGAUGAUGUUGCCUCCACCAAGCGCAGCAGUCAUGGCUGGUCGAAAAAGGCCUGGGACCGAACUCGAGAUGCGAUGGCCGUUGGCAAUUAUCGGCAGGCCAAUGAAAGCAAAUGAACCGCUAACACGACCGCUGGCUCACACUCUGUCUCGUGACAAUUUCGACUGCAAUUCGGACCAAGAUAUUAUGGAGAUCCACGAGAUGGACUACGAGUCUGAUGAACCGGAGGUCGAAGACGAGGAGGAACCUGCGCAUGAAGUGCGUGAACCCUCGCUAAAGAGGGAACGACCUGAUUCUAUCAAAAUAAAACACCUUUCUGACCCGAUCAUGAGGCCAAUGUUGGCGCACACCAAAGCUGCCACUGAGGAUGACUUGUCUUUGCUAAACAGACGAAGCUCUUGGCAGAUUCACUAUUUGAUCUCAUCUGACGAGUCGACAUGAUUAGGGCGAAUAUAUGUUUUGGGCUUGAACUUUUGGUGGUGUAUCGCUGGCUACAUGCUGAGGACAAGCUCUGAUUUGUUUAGCGAUCCAGUCGAAUUCGGGCGUAAUUGUGAGCGUUUGAGCACAUCUUGGUCAUUGGAGAAUUUCGCCAGGAUGUUUAAAUAUACUUGGGUCUAUACUAUGUCAUGAAAGCAUGACCAAAAUUCCAUUGAUAU